CCAAGUUAUUCAUACAAUUAAAAUUUAGGGAUUAUAUGGUACUGCCCUUGUUUUUAUUAACCAACGGACCUUUAUGUGGGCCUUUUAAGUUUUGACUGCCAAAGUCAGCCCAACCCAGUAGUUUGGAUUGCUGUACAGUGGUCCACACGUGCCUCGACACUCUUGCUUGUUUGAAAGCUGAAGCACGAAAUCGUAACUGUCACCAAUCACCACACGUACGCAUCCUCUCUCUGUCAAUGACAAUGCCAUUGCUGGUGGUAGCCAGAGCUGCGACACCAUGCUUCCCCAGCUCCUCCACAUUCCGAUCAAACUCCAAUAGACGGAGUUUAAAUCAGCUUAUCCAAUGGUGAAAAUGCAUACACGUGUACACCGUCUAAUUGAAGAUCAAGGGAUAAUGCUGAUGCCAGGUUGCUACAACACACUUUCCGCGGCCAUUGUUCAAAAUACAGGUUUCACCGCGGGUUUCAUAUCCGGAUAUGCUGUCUCUGCUUCUCUCCUCGGCAAACCUGACGUUGGAUUACUCACGUUAGCUCUUCUGCUCUGUUUGUCGGCUUCAGGGCAUAUGCGCGGCAAACAGGUUAUACCUGCAGGAACUGUUGGGAUAUCCUCCCAAGUCCCACAUCGGAUAAAGAGGAGAAGUGGAACCAAGAACCAAGAACCAGAGAAAGGAUCUGCAGUGGUGCCUGUGUGUCGAAAGUCUUCCCGACAAGAGGAGUUCGGGCGGUCGUAUCCCGGGCAAAGUUGUAGCGGCGGCUUACAGAUGAGUGGGCAGAUUAUCCUGAGGGAGGUCACGAUUUGUUGUUGGUCCUUUGGUUGGAGGGAGGUUUGUUGCGGAUAUUGCGCUUCCAAGUCCCACAUCGGAUUAAAGAGGAGAAGUUGGGAUCAACAAUAUAAUGGUGGGCAGAUUAUCCCUGCAGGGGAGUUCACCCGAUUUGUGUGGUUGCCCAAAAACAAAUCCGUGGAGGAAUUCGGGGUUGGAUGGUACGCGUGGUCCCAUCAGGAACAUGCUGCAAAAAUAGCUUCUGCAAGGGAUGUUUUUGGGGAUUCUGACUUCUUCCUUGUUGCUAGGACUGAUGCACGUGCAACAUCAGCAAAAAAUGACCUUUCAGUUGCCAUUUCAAGGGCCAAUCUCUACAUGGAGGAUGAAGUACCAAGGAGUGACGAUGAGCUCAAAGAGAUUGGCAAAAGAACAAAAGGAUACAGGGUUUGUAACAUGAUCGAAGGAGGAGUCACACCAUUACGCACACCAGAGGAGCUAAAGGCGAUGGGAUUUCAUUUGAUUGUGCAUCCACUUACUUCCCUAUACGCGUCAGCCCGUGUUUUGGUUGAUGUGCUCAAAAUUCUGAAGGAGAAGAGAACUAAUAGAGAUAACCUCCAGAAAUUGGCUACUUUGAGGAAUUUAACGAACUGCUCAAUUUGGAAUUCUUAGUUUGAUCUUGAAGCUCGGUAUUCAAAUUUCAAGAAUGGCAUUGCAAUGAAGAGAUGAUAAGAGAAAAGCAAAUAUUGAAUAUCGUUCAUCCCGAACACUGUUAGUGUCAGUUAGAAUCUCGAAAGUUGGAACUAAUGUGCAUUUCUUGCCAAUGAGUUAACGUUGUUGUAUAAAUUGGCGCGCUCUUUCAAUAUAAAAAUGGAGGAGAAAUGCUAGAUGGCUCUGCCCGAGCAUGUUCGAGCAUUAAAAAAGUGCUAGAAUACAUGGUGGAUGAAAAUCUAGCUAGCCACUAAACAAAUACUGUUUUGACACCUCAACCCGAAGUAGAGAGGAUUUCUCUUGUUCUUCAUCAGGUGAAUACUGAGCAGCGAGGGUGUGUAUAUAUAUAUAUAGAUAUAUAUAAUUCAACUGUUAAUACUUAUUAAUUUGCAUAAUUUUAUGCAAUUGAACAGUAAUCAAAUGGAAGUACAUUGUUAUUAGUAUUAAUUUAGUUAAUACCACCCAACAUAAUUAGUGUAGUUGGUAAAAAUGGGGGCUUCUUCCUGGUUC